CCCUUCUUCAAAACAUACAAUACAUUGGGAUAUAUAGGUAUAUCCAGGUACAUGAGAGUCGUCGCCCCGGGUCUAGCUCAGCCCGACAGCCCCAAAUGAUCUAGAUGCCUGGUAUCACGGUAGCAUCGGCAACGGCGACGUCGGUUCGCAGGGGAGCGCGCGAGCCUCGCGAGAUCGAGACGCUACGGCUGCCUCCGCAGCUGGCAGGAUGCAUACUAUGGCUACCUCGCAAGGAAGAGCAACCCAACAACCGCGAUGAAUACGAUUCGGAACUCGAAGAAGACCGAUGCAACCAUCCGGUCGUGGUGCUCUCGCCGUGUCUAGAAGAUGGAAAGGUUGUAUACCUUAUGAUGACAUCGCUCAAGGGAAAGAGACUCGAGACGCGCUUCCUGAACCAACCCAACGUCAGACGCGAGCACCUCCCUAUCCGGCCCUGUGACCCACACCCGGACAAUGGGAUACUACUCAGCCUCGAGGAUGUUGCGCUCGAGUUGAAGAAGAGGACGUAUGUCAAGACGAAGAAUCAACACCGCAUCCGAUUUAGCUCACUAAGGGCCUACGACCGUCAUGGCCCAGACUACAUCCUGUCCAAGAAGUCUUACCAGGACCUGAUCCGGUACGCCAAGUACACACCGGCGGCUCCUCAUCCGGCCUCAAAUACCGUAUUUUCACCUCCGGUGUCCUCUCCUAGACGAACCCAGCAAUCCCACCCUACGAUCGCUAUAACCCGAGAGCGCAGGGGCAGUUACGGCGAGUACGUAUCGGCCCUCAGAGGCCUGGAGAGCCCGACCAGUCCGCCUCGCGCACAGCAUGUUCCGAUCUCGAGUCCGACCCCAACUCGGCAUACCCGCACGGUUGUUCCAACCGAACGAGAUUCCCUACUGCCUUCUCACGGAUAUUCUCGUCCUCCAUACACCAAUUAUCCAGGCAGUUACCCGAGCAGCCACUCUUUCGGCUCUCCGGCUGCUCAUCCGGCAUACGGAUACAGAUCGUCGGUCCAAGCUGGAUAUCGUGGACCGGAGCCGCCAAGGCCAUUCAACUGGGCGAUUUUCUGGAAGAGGCUAGGAAAACUCUUGCUGGUCGUGGUAGCGUUUGGCGGAGCAUAUGCAACGUACCGAUUGAUUGGCUGGAUGAUAGAUCUCGCUAGGGGGGCAGGUUAUCUUCUGAAGGUCACGGCUGGUGACGUCGGUAGCAAAAUCGGCGGGCUCUGGUCGACCUUGACAGGUUUGCCAGGCCACAAGGCCCAAAUCAAGAAGAGUCUUCUAUCGCGGGGUUUAAAUAGCCUGGGGAUCUCUAUUUGACUACCUAGGUAGUUUUACGACUGUAUGAUUUAGCAAGGGAUGGGUGGCUUGGGUUGGAUGGGCGGUAAAACGGGAACUGUACGGAUGA